GUGUGCAAGAGCAAAAGAGAAUGGAAGUGGACCAUGCAGAGUACAUGCUGUUGGUAUGAGAGAUGAAGCGAAACAUAUGAUUGGAAAUAAAUUAUGGUCCGGCAAAUGGUUAAUCAGCAACAACAAAUUAACCAAUUUCAAAUGAUGAUGCUACAACAAAAUAAUUUCAAUGCUUGACAAAAUAACAUCUAGGAAAUAGUAUAUUACUCUAUAAUUGUAUAACUAAACUGUAUGCCCUCUUGGGGCAUAUUCAUUUCAGGUUGAUCAGUUCAUUUGCAAACUUGAAUUUUAUUUGAUCACUUCCUCAGGUUUUAACAGGUUUCCUAACAGUUCAAACGUUCCUGCAAACUAUAAACAAAAAAACUUCGAAGAGAUACCGCAUAUUAUUAAUAAACGUUACAACCUGCAAACUAUACUGCAAAAAAUUAUUAUGAACAUUUUUCAUCGACAUUGAUAUAUUAUACCAACGCUCCAUUUUGCUAUAGAAUUAAAAUAUUUCAUAAUUAAAAUAUUUGGGAACCUGUAAAUUUGGGUAAUAUGUAAUAGCAUAUCUUUAUUUUAAUAAAACGGUAAUUUCUUAGUAUAUUUCUUUACAUUUAAUCCAGUUUACGCCAUGUACGCUACAGCGUACCUAUUUUUGUUUAUUUACGUGCUGCUUAAUGUUUAAAUUUGCAACAAAACCGCCGUAUCCUAUCCAGUCCUUUAAGGACUGACGGGACGUCCGUGUUGUCAAAAAUAUUGCUUGCUUAAGUUCUCUAAUGUCAUUAUGUCAAUGCUAAAGAUACCCAUGUAUGGAAAGAGAUUGCUCUUGAACAUGUAGAUAAAAUGUAACAGAAAUGUAUUUGUUUCCUUUGUGUAGGUCAAGUUUCUCUCCCGCCUGAAGGCAACACAUUUGUUGUUCUCCCGGGAGAAAAUGUGACAAUAGUCUGGAAACUUGAUGUCGAUGUAGCUCUCAUAACUGGUCGAUCAUGGACAUUUCUUCCAAAGGGCAUCGACACUUUUGCUGCAAUCAUUGGAGAUGGAGGUGUGGUUGGAAAUCCUCAAUACUCACCUGGGCCAUUUACAAUAAUAAAGCCUGCAACAUUGAUUUUAAAGAACGUUACUACGCAGUACAAUGGAACAUAUAAUUUUUUUGUUUCUACACUUCGUGGCGGUGAAAAUUCCAUAGUUACUGUGUUUGUUGCAGGCAAGUGUAUGUUGUAUAAUAUCCUGUGA